UUCAGGGCAGCAGCCCGCUCCCACCCCCACCCUGGGCUCCAAUGAUCCGCAGCCCCGCGCAUUUCGAAAGGCUUCUCCGCUCGCCGGCGGCCAAGGAGGACCGCAGCGACGCGCAGGAGGGGCCGAGCGCCACAGCCGAUUGCGGGGUCGCUUCCAACCUUACAGCCGCUUUGCAAAGUACCCCCCUCACUCCAUUGCAUCCCCCGCUGUCCAGCGCGGGGGACUGGGGCAGGGAAGAAAUAGGAAAAUGUGGGGCCAGGGGCAUGACCAGGGGACGGAGGAGGCCGUGGAAAUCCACAGGACUGGAGCGGGACUCGCGGCCUUUCGGGUUCAACGCGCCCACCGCCCCGGCCGCGCCGAGCGACCUUUCCCGGCGGCCGCGGAACGCUGCCUUCGCCAUUUCAUCUUCAUCAUUGUGAGCGUAGACACUUGCUCUUCAUAAGCUUUUUUGGAUUGAAAACGUGUUUUAAAAGCACGCGUGGGAUCUCCAAUCUGUUUUUCAGAGUGUGAAUUUCUUUUUUUAAAUUUGCCAUCUCUUUCACCUGAGCCACACCCUACGCCCGCUCCCCUCCCUCCUCUCCAACAUUAAGGUAAAAAUCGUGCAAACGAACUGGGGGGGGCAGGGAAGGAGGGCCCACGGUCCUACUAGAUCCCCUCCACCCACGGGGAAGGAACCUCCCGGAUCUCGGCUCGCGUGGGGGUUGGGGGUGGGGUGGGGUCAGCCUCAGACCCUGAAGAAGCGAAAGUGGAGUAUUUGCACGGACACUCAAAUCCCCGUGCAGCCGUUCGCGUCCCAAGCCUGUCUCGCGUGGGGACACACAGUAGGCAGUUAUCAGAAAGCACAAAAUACAAAAAGAAAUCGAUGCGUGUUGGGCGCGAAACGUCGACGCGCCUCAAAGGAACGCGAAGAAAAGGCAGGGAGAAGGGCGCGCAGCCGGAACGCGGGGCCGGGGGAUUGCAUCAUUGCAGCUCCCCCUCCAGAAAAUGGGCUCCGAACCGCGGCGACCAUCAUGGCGCUCGGGUCGGGCCGCGCUUCCCGCGCGCCUUCCCCGAGCGCUCGGGCCGCGGGCACUGAGCCCCAAACGAGCGUUUUGCAAACAUUUCCCCCCCUCACUCGGGCGCCUGUCCCCCCCACCCCCUCCUUCCUUUUGUGUGCCUGUGUAUGUGAGUGCGUACGUCCGUCUGAGUGUGUGUAGGACUAGAGAACUUGAAGAUUAUUUUUUUUCCUCUUUUUUUCCCUCCCGUGCUGGUGGUUGUAAACUUGAUUGGCAUUGGCUGCGCCCACUGACCCCGGCGCCGAGUCCACUGAAGAUUUAAGGUGGAUCCGAAAGGCUGCAGCUUCAGGCGGAGUCUCGCGCUUCAGCUGGUUUGGGAGGAAAGGGAGGAAAGGGGGAAAAAAAAAAAAAAGCCCCAAACCUUGCGCCCGGCGCGUUUUCACGAAUCCCCUGCGGUACCAGCCCCCGCGCCCGCCCCGCCCGCCACGCUCUUCCUCCGCCCACCUCCCGCUCCUUCCCCAUUGGCCGGCCGGUGCAGUUUGAAUUUUUUUUUUUUUUUUGGAUGCUUGUUUUCUUGUAAAAAAUACACUACCCCACCUCGUACAACGAAACCCACUUCGGUGACCCGAGGUGGGGUGUUUUAGCUGAUUUUGGGGAGGCGGGUGGGCGGAGCAUCUGUGCCAACAUUUUGCCCCGAAGUACGGUUGAUAUGGUGCAGGCGGGUGAGGGAGCGUGGGGCCGCGGUAAACAAACUGAGUAGCUUCGGCGGGGGCAGAGAUGUAGUAUAAAACGUUAAUGGAUGUCCAGGGCGCGCCGUUCCGCCGGCUGCUGGCCAGAGGUGCUAGGGAGGCGCUGACAGGAGCCCGGGAGAGGAUGCACCUUCCCCUGCCUUGGAAAGACUGCCAUUUCCUGGAAGGGCAGGACUGGUAUCUUAUUCAGAUUCUUCUCUUCAAAAGCUAGCAGGACGUCUGACACACAGGCAUGGAGAGGCCGGCGGCCCGAGAGCUGCAGGGCGCCGACGCGCUGCGCCGCUUCCAGGGGCUGCUGCUGGACCGCCGCGGCCGGCUGCACGGCCAGGUGCUGCGCCUGCGCGAGGUGGCCCGGCGCCUCGAGCGCCUCCGCCGGCGCUCCCUGGCGGCUAACUUGGCGGGCAGCUCGCUGAGCGCCGCGGGCGCCGUGGCCGCCAUCGUGGGGCUCUCGCUCAGCCCCGUCACCCUGGGGGUCUCGCUGGUGGCGUCGGCCGUGGGGCUGGGGGUGGCCACCGCCGGAGGGGCCGUCACCAUCACGUCCGACCUCUCCCUGAUCUUCUGCAAUUCCCGGGAGCUGCGCAGGGUGCAGGAGAUCGCCGCCGCCUGCCAGGACCAGAUGCGCGAGAUCCUGAGCUGCCUGGAGUUCUUCUGCCGCUGCCAGGGCCGCGGGGACCGCCAGCUGCUGCAGUGCGGGCGGAACGCCUCCAUCGCCCUGUACAACUCCGUCUACUGCGUCGUCUUCUUCGGCUCACGCGGCUUCCUCAUCCCCAGGCGGGCGGAAGGGGCCACCAGGGUGAGCCAGGCCGUGCUGAAGGCCAAGGUUCAGAAACUGGCGGAGAGCCUGGAGUCCUGCACCGGGGCCCUGGACGAACUCAGUGAGCAGCUGGAGUCCAGAGUCCAGCUCUGCACGAAGGGCGGCCGUGGCCACGACCUCAAGAUCUCCGCUGACCAGGCCGCAGCGCUGUUUUUCUGAGAACAUCCUUUCUCCUUAUGACCGAGGCCAGAAACCAUCCCCAUGGGAUGCUCCAGAUUUGUAGCUCCCUCAGGAAAACCACACCAAGUUGGAUUAGGAGUGGAACGCAAAGGAUGAGAAAAACUGUUCUUGAAACUGGGGGAAGGAGGGAGUCCUCAGAGCCCUUCUUUUCCCAUCACUGUCACAUCCUGCCUGGGGUUGCAUGCUAGGGACUUUUUACUUGCCUAAUCUUAUGGGCUAUGUGAACUGAAAGCCAUUUUUCCUUUAUCAAAACCGUUCAGUGUCCGCACCGGUGGGCACCACGGUAUUAAAGUUGUUUCAAGGUCCUUGCCCCAGCCCCGGUGGUUUGAGCAGAGGCUGGGGAGGCUGUGGGUGGGGCCACCCUCUGGGGCCUCUUCAAACCCCAGUAGGCUUUGGGGUCCUCAGAAUGCCUGUGAGAGGAGCCACUAGCUUUAAAACCUCUCUUCCAGAGUUUCUGAGUAUAGAAAACUCCACAAUCCAGAGCAAAUCAGAUCCCCUCUGAACUAUGUAGCAGGGUUCAGGACCCUAGAGGGGCCUCUCCCAUUGACAAGCCCUUCCCACCACCCUCAGCGUGCCCACUCUCGAAUCCAGCCUGGGGCAGAAUGGAUCUUUCUGAGGGGUUUCCUGUCCAGACCUCCAGAUAUUCUGGGAGGGAAACCAAGUAAAUGGUCGUCGGAUUCCCACCCCCUCACAGCAAGAAGCUGAAGUGACUCACAACUUAGCUUACCGACACCCUAGUGUACGGAGCAGAGCGGUGACUUUGAGUUAGACAGUCCUGCGUUUAUUAUAUAGGCUCUGCCACUGCUGUGGGACCUUGGCCACUUAAUGUCUCUGAGACUUGGCUUCAUGCUCUUUGAAACAGAGGCUAAAACGUCACCCUGUUGUAAGGUAUUGAGAUAAAGUGCCAGGGAUAGUGUCUGGCUCACCAAGUGUGGCCCCCAGACUGGCAACAUUAGCAUCACCUGGGAACUUUUUAGAAAGGCAAAUUCUUGGACCGAACUGUCGACUUAAGGAAUCAGAAACUCUGGAGGGGGGUGGCCGGGAUCCUGUGUUUAAACAAGUCCACAGGGUGAUUCUGGUAUCUACUAAAAACUUAGGUUUUGAAGAGCACUGCAACAGAUGUUCAUUUCUGAUCCCCUUCUGAGGCUUCAUGAAGUCUCAUGGCCUCUCCAGGGGCUCUACGGUCUUCAGAGUCAUUCACAGAAGGUCAAGGAUGGACAGGGCCCCAAAAGUAAAAGAAAGAAUGUGCGUGGGAUAUGUCACCGCGACCUGGGGCAAUUUCCCACCAUGUGAAGUAAAGGAUAUAACACAAUAACCCCUCUAGAGGGCAGUGUUGCCCACUCAUUGUAGGAACUGGUACACAAAGGAACGUGAACUUAACGCAAAUUGACCUUUGUUACCUUCUCUGAAAACUGCCAGACCAUGUAUUUUUUUAAUUUAUUUUAAGUUUGUUAUUUAAUUGCUGUUUACUAUGUGCAUUUAAUUGUAUUUAAUCACCACACUACAUUUAGAAAAUAAUAGGAAUAGCAAGUUUCUGAAUGGGAGACUGGGGAGGCUCUUUUCAGGAGAUGAGGUUGACUUUUUGCCUUCCUAAGGUGGGGCUUGAGCUGGAAAUAGCAUCGCUCUCCUUGAGUCAGUCUUGCUCCAGGCAAGGGGAAUUUUAUUCCCUAGUGAUUUAAGUGAUCCUUUUAGGUAAAUGUGGGAAGUUCUGAAUAGAGGACCACCGGGACUUAAGCUUAUCAAUGGAGGUUUGACUUGCAGGCUAUAGAAAGGAUGCAAACAUUAUUUAUCCUGAAGGUACUUUGCCAGCAAAUAACACUUGACCUGCAAAGUGAACCUAUUUUGUUCAGGGGAAAAAAAACCCAAUUAGAGGCAUGUGAAGGAGGCACUCAGACCAUGGCAGCCUGAUGUCUUGUGAAAUGGUGUCUUGUGGGUGAUAGACAAAAAGCUGUGUCACAGUGGUGAUGUGUUGUAUUUUCACUCUGGGAGCUGUAAGCAAUCUGUGAGCUGUCUCUAAGAAAAUACUUAACAUUUCUUCAAUUUCCAUUCCUACAACCGUAAUGUUGAAAACUAUGUUGAAAAGUCUUUGGGACCACAUACAGGCAAAACUUGGCUGUGUUAUUUAGUUGUUGAACAUGCUUUAAAUUUACCCAGUGUACCCCCGUGUUUCCCAAUGAUGGCAGAGUAUCUGAGAAAUUAUAAUCUCAGCACUGGGGCAGGGGUGGUUAGUCGUUCUAUGUUUUUAUUUUUCCUAUAAAUUGCAACUGAUCUGUAUCCUGGUUUCUUUUGAAGUUGGUACUAGUGUCUUUUUAAACUGGUGUCAUUUCUUAGACCAUGUCGCACGAAUGCUAGCAUUUUAGAUCACCAGAAUGUACUUCACGUUGUCGUCCGGGUUAUGUCUCAGAGGUACAACUGCUCCCUGACUCCAUCUUUUAUUAAUGCUUAAAUUUGAGUUACAGUCUUCCAAUGGGUGGGUUGUUCCCUAGAAAUAAACUGGACAUUUCAGGAAGCAGCAGGAGCAGCAGCAGCAAACUUUUCCUAUCCUUAGGGUAUUUUGGGGAUAUCAAAGUCAUAAACUCCCAAAGUUAUCAUUUCGGUGGCCCCCUUUACAUCUAAGGAAGAGUGUCUACUUUGGAACAAUACUUUGCACAUUAUAGGAGCUCAAUACACGCAUUUGAAUAAUUUAAUGAACUGCUUAGCUCUUUUACUAGGAAUUUGUUGGUAAUGAAAUGUUAUCCAUCCUUUCCUGUGUCUGAUAUAAAAAGUGGAGCCUCUACCAGGAUUUAGUCAAGUUCAGUUAAAUGGAUCCUAGAGACAAAUGUUUAUUUAUUUCUUUGGGGGGAAUGCAAAUAAGGCUUUUCCUGAAGGCUUUCAUUCUAUAAACAGAUUGAAAUGGUAUGUUGCGAAAGGAAGAAGGGAGGGGGUGUUUAGAUUAUAAAUGUACUUCAGAAAAAUGUGCAAGUUUGAAAAAUAAAAAUUUUGUACUAAGA